CACUAACGGAAGACUACGCUGCUAAAUUUUUACUCUUAAAAAUGGAUAAAGUUGUCGAUAUACAAUAAUUUUUUGAUUAAAAGACUCCUUAAAACAUAAACUAUUGAACAGUGCAUCUAAACAAAGUGUAAACAAUAAUUUAUAAGUGUUAAUAAACAUAAUAAUACCCGCUAUACAGUGCAAAACAGUGCGUAUUUGAGUGCGGUAUCUGUGCGUGCGCCGGCCGUCGUGUCCUUGGAAAUAGAAAGUUCGCACAUCAUUACUCACCGACUACACGCCGUGCUUAUUUGGGUAGCGUAAUUUGGACACGGCUAAGUGAGAAGCGUUGGCUCGGUGGAAGAAACACGCACUAACAACACGCGGUGCCCCAAGAUCGAAUCCCGUACAAAGAAUAUUUUUUUCUUCUUUUUUGGUUUUGUUUUCUUUUUCUAUUUUAUAAUGUCUACCAAAAUGAAAAGGACACCGCCUCCAACACCGAAAAAGGCUACUGAUUGCCAUAAAGACCAACAGUCCUACGUGACAAACAGGCCUAACAAGAGACAGGCUAUGUCAACGUCUCCCAAUUCGCAAUCAGGUUCCAUGCCAGUCACACAACAAGAUGUACGAGAAAUAGUGAUGCCAGGCACACAACAAGAUGUGCGAGAAAUAGUGACGCCAGUCACACAACAAGAUGUGCGUGACAUAGUGAAUGAGGUUGUGCAAACACAGAUGAACCUUUUUAUGAUACAGAUAGGCGAAACUAUUUCACAAACUAUUUCAAACACUAUCAAUAAGGAAUUAUCUUCAUUAAAACAGGAAAUUGAAUCUGUCAAAAAUUCAAUGGAUUUUAUCAAUGAAAAGUUCGAAAACGCUAGCAAGAAUCAUGAAACUCUAACGAAGGAGGUGGAAAAUGUCAAGAUGGAAAAUAGUGCGUUGCAGAGCAGUGUAACGGAACUGACAAAUAAAAUUAACUUCCUGGAACAAAAUGCGCGAAUGAACAACGUGGAGGUGCAGUGUGUACCAGAAAACAGGAAUGAAAAUCUGAACUCCAUUAUAAUGCAGAUUGCAAGAACAGUGGGUUGCAAUCUUACAGAGGAAAAUGUACUUCACUGUGCUCGCGUUGCUAAAGGCGACAAGUCGAACACCCGUCCCAGAUCCAUAAUUGUUAAACUGUCAUCCACUAGGAUACGCGACGACCUUCUAGCAGCUAAUAUUAAGUUCAAUAAAUUAAAUAAAUCCAAUAAAUUGAACUCCGGACACAUUGGUAUUGCAGGCGAAAAACACCCAAUUUACAUCAUGGAACACUUAUCACCCGCAAACAAAUCUUUACAUGCGGCGGCCAGGAUUAAAGGCAAAGAAAUAGGAUAUAAGCACGUGUGGGUCCGGAAUGGCAGAAUUUUUAUGCGCAAGACUGAUGAUUCUGCAUACGUCUUGAUCNAGAAAACAUUUAGCAUUGAUAUACGCGCGAAAAUACCGAAAGUCAAGUGA